AUGUCGCUCGCAUCCGGUGUCCAGAUUCAUGAUGACUGCAUCACUACCUUCCAAGACUUCAGCCGGAGCCACGGCAAGACCAAGUACAUCAUCUACAAGAUCGCCGAUGACAAGAAGUCGGUUGUCGUAGACUCAGUUGGCAAGGACCAGGACUACGAGGUCUUCCGCAACGAGCUCGCCGAUGCCAAGGACAGCCAGGGCCGCGCCUCCCCCGCUACGCCGUCUACGAUAAGCAAGAUUAUCUUCAUCUCCUGGGUGCCUAGCGAGACCCCCACUCUCUGGUCCAUGAUCUACGCCAGCACCCGCGAGGUUCUCAAGAACGCCCUCAACGUCGUCACUUCCAUCCACGCCGAUGACAAGUCCGAUAUCGAGUGGAAGACAGUCCUGAAGGAGGCCAGCGGUGGCAAGGCAUAG